AUGAGCCACCAAAGAUAUCCGUCACACGACCCUCUGAGAGAGCCCCACUCCGUCUCUUUGAAAGUCCUUAGGCUCUCCCGCCCGUCACUAGUAGUUCAGCAUCCGAUCCGUCCACCGCUAACGCCCUCUCAUGUGCCCACGGAACCGACUCCAGCAUCCCUAGCCUACGACACCACAGCCUCGACGAACCCCUCCCCCUUCCUCCUCUCCCCGAUACUCAACCUGCCACUGAGCUUCGGGUCGGCGUACGUUGGCGAGGUGUUCAGCUGCACGCUUUGCGCCAAUCACGAUACAAUCGAGCCGCCUCCAGGCACCAACCGCAAGAGCAUUCGCGAUGUGCGUAUCGAAGCGGAAAUGAAGACCCCCGGCGCGGGUGCGGUGCAGAAACUAGAGCUCACACCAGCCGGCGCCGCCGCCAGUGACAACGCCAGUGGGACAGAUCUCGAUCCAGGCGAGACGUUACAGCGUAUUGUGAAUUUUGACUUGAAAGAGGAGGGAAACCACGUCCUGGCCGUGACAGUGAGUUACUACGAAGCCACUGAGACCUCAGGCAAGACACGCACGUUCCGCAAGCUGUAUCAAUUCAUAUGCAAGUCCUCGCUUAUUGUGCGCACCAAGAUCGGCCCGCUGGCACCGUCAUCUAAAAACGCCUCCCGGAGGUGGGUGCUCGAAGCGCAGCUGGAGAACUGCUCAGAGGAUGUGAUACAACUGGAGAAGGUCCUGCUUGACCUCGAAGAUGGACUGGGAUACAAAGAUUGCAACUGGGAGGAGGGAGGCGCCGGCGGCGCAAGACCGGUGUUGCACCCGGGAGAGGUGGAGCAGGUGUGUUUCGUGGUCGAGGAGGCGGAGGGGGUCCAUGCCGAGCCGGACAACGAUGGGAGGAUCAUGUUCGGGGUGUUGGGGAUCGGCUGGAGAGGAGAGAUGGGAAAUAGGGGUUUCCUCUCGACAGGCAAGUUGGGCACACGACACAUAGCAUGA